AUGCUGCACUACCGCGAUGGGGUGCUGGGGCCGACCAUCCGGGGAGACUACUGGUUGGAUCUGCAGAGUGAGCUUGUCCAGACGGGGCUUGUGAAGCUUGAUGAGCUCCCUGGGCGCAUUAAGCGGCACUAUGAGCUGGUGCGUGAGGCGGAUAUGAAGGAGGUGCACAGGUACAGCGAGGAGGUCGCGGGGCAGAUGAGGGAGAAAUAUGAGGUUCCUGUCCGUAUGCUGCCGCUUGAUACGGAUGCGUUUGAGCCGGUGGCAGCGGUGGAGGAGUUUCUUUGA